AUUACAAAAUAGUGGUACCUAGUAAUCUUUCAGUUUUGCUGAUUGUUGGCUCCAAUGAUUCAGAGAAUCCAGGACCCUCGUUAAUUCUCAUAUGCAACUUUGAUCGUACUUGAAACAAUAUACAUGCAUGAAGGCCAAGAUCCAACAUGGAUUGUUUCGAAACCAGGAUUAGACGGAUGCUUCUUCCCCUCAUGUUUGUUACAUUGUGCCUGAAUGUGAUGCCGAUAAAUGCAGAGCUAAAGAAGAUCAAACAUCCGGUAAAAGAUGACGGGUCGCUUAGCUUCUUGGCCGUAGGUGACUGGGGAAGAAAAGGGUGGUACAACCAGUCCAUAGUUGCUUCGGAGAUGGGAGAUGCGGGAGAGAAGCUGAAUGUAGAUUUUGUGAUCUCGACUGGAGAUAACUUUUAUGACGAUGGACUAACUGACAUUCAUGAUCCAUUGUUUCUGGAAUCAUUUCAGAAAGUUUACGACGCGAACAGCCUUCAGAAGCCAUGGUAUACUGUUUUGGGGAAUCAUGACUACAGAGGCAAUGCAGAAGCACAAUUAAGCCUUGCUCUUAGAGAGAUUGAUAGCAGAUGGAUAUGUCAUAGAUCUUUUGUUGUUGAAUCGGAGGUGGCCGAUUUCUUCAUGAUUGACACGACGCCAUUUGUGCGCCACUAUUUUGAGGAUCCGAAAGAUCAUGUUUACGACUGGCGGGGCAUAACUCCUAGAAAUGCAUAUCUUGUGCAUCUUCUUAAGGAUUUGGAGGCUGCAUUGAGCAUGUCGACAGGAAAGUGGAAGUUUGUCGUCGGGCACCAUGGUAUUAGAAGCACCGGGCAUCACGGGGACACUGAAGAACUCGUCACAGACCUCCUUCCAUUGCUGGAGGCGUACAAAGUUGAUUUCUACUUAAAUGGCCAUGAUCACUGCUUGGAACACGUCGAAUGCUCCAACAGUCCAAUCCAAUUCUUCACAACCGGAGCUGGUUCGAAGGCAUGGAUGACUGAUUACCAGAAACAUUAUCAAUGCGAUGUAAAUUUCUUCCAUCGCGGCCAAGGAUUCCUAUCAGUGGAGGUCACAAGUAGUACUGCUAAGUUUGUGUUUUAUGAUGUUUUUGGUGAAGUCCAACAUCAAUGGUCUGCCUCUAAAGAACUUCAUUCUUCUAUGUAACUAUACAGCACUGAUAUUCUUUAUCAUGGUUCCUGGGCAUUUCAGCUUACAACUUACAUACUUGUUAAUGUAGGUUUAUCUUGUAUAUAUUUUAGGUCUUAACAGAGACAUUCAACUUCCUUUCCGUAGACAAGUACUUUCAUAAUUUUAAUUUUGAGCUUGUAGAAUUAGAUAUCGAGCAGAAGUUUAUUAUGACAAGUCUUCUUAUAAGU